AGAUCUCUCUAUGUUCACAUAUACAUGCACAACACCCAGCCAAAUCCAUAGAUAAUAAUAUCCCAACUUUCAUAACCAAAACAAUCAAUGAAUAAACCACUCAAACUCUUGGCCUUGACCUUAAUCAUAUUAUGGUCAUGGUGGACUUCAUUCCAUUUCCAUGGAGCAUUAGGAGACCCCCAAACCCUUUUGCUCAACAAAGGUUGCAGCCAAUACAACGCAACCAACUUGUCGAAUUUCAACCAAAACCUAAACUCAACUUUGAGAGAUCUUAGAAACCAAAGUAAGAGUAUGGAUUUUGGUACAUCACACCAUGCCGUAGGAGCGGAUCCUGUCUACGGCAUGUUUCAAUGCAGGGACUACUUAUCAAAGGCUGAUUGUGCCACGUGUUUCUCUGUUGCGGCCGCCCAAAUUCGCAAUUGCUCCGCCGGAGCUAAUGGUGCCCGGGUGAUAUAUGAUGGAUGUUUCAUCCGGUACGAAAGCAAUGAAUUCUUCAACCAAACAACUCUACCGGGUAACAGCAUGAUUUGUGGUAACAAAACUGCAAGUGGAGGAUCAAAUGCUUUCAAUGGAGUUGCACAAAAAGUGCUACAAGAUUUGCAAACAGCAACACCAAGAAUUCCCGGUUACUUUGCAGCUACCAAGACACAAGUAGCCGCCGGCGGCGGCGGCGCAAUCUAUGCCAUCGCACAAUGUGCUCAAUCCGUGUCUGAGGGAGGUUGUUCGGAAUGCUUGAAUGUUGGUGUCACCAACAUUCAAAGUUGUCUUCCUAAUACAGAUGGUAGAGCAUAUGAUGCUGGUUGUUUUAUGAGAUAUUCUAUGACACCAUUCUUUGCUGAUAACAAAGUUGUUGAUGUCACACCAUAUUUGAAACAACAAGAAGGAGGAAAUUCAAGCAACAACAAAGGGGCUAUUAUUGGUGGUGUUAUUGGAGGUGUAGUACUUCUAAUUAUUCUCUUUGCAUUGUUUGUGUGGCUUAGAAGAAACAAAAAAUUACCAACAAGAGGUCCUAGAGGUGACUUAUUGGGAGCAACUGAGUUGAAAGGUCCAGUUACUUAUAGGUAUAAAGAUUUAAAAAGUGCAACAAAAAAUUUUAGUGAUGAAAAUAAACUAGGAGAAGGAGGUUUUGGAGAUGUAUACAAGGGUACUCUGAAAAAUGGAAAAAUAGUUGCUGUGAAGAAAUUGGCUUUAGGCCAAUCAAGAAAAAUUGAUGAAAGUUUCGAAAGUGAAGUGAAGCUUAUAAGUAAUGUUCACCAUAGGAAUCUGGUUAGACUUCUUGGAUGUUGUAGUAAGGGCCCAGAAAGAAUCCUUGUUUAUGAGUACAUGGCAAAUAGCAGCCUUGACAGAUAUUUAUUUGGUGAGAAGAAGGGUAAUCUGAAUUGGAAACAAAGGUAUGAUAUAAUUGUAGGCACAGCAAGAGGUCUUGCAUAUCUACAUGAGGAUUUCCAUGUUUGUAUCAUACACAGAGAUAUAAAAACUAGCAACAUACUAUUGGAUGAUGAUCUUCAACCUAGAAUUGCUGACUUUGGUUUAGCAAGGCUUCUACCUGAGGACAAAUCUCACCUUAGCACAAAAUUUGCAGGAACUCUAGGAUAUACGGCACCUGAAUAUGCAAUUCAUGGUCAAUUAUCAGAGAAAGCUGAUGCUUAUAGCUAUGGUGUUGUGGUCCUAGAAAUUAUAAGUGGUCAAAAGAGUAGUGAAUUGAGAGAUGAUGCCGACGGUGAAUUUCUCCUUCAAAGGGCAUGGAAACUGUAUGAGAAAGACAUGCACUUGGAGCUAGUGGACCCCACAUUGGACCCUGAAGAGUAUAGUUCAGAAGAAGUGAAGAGAAUCAUAGAAAUUGCUUUGUUAUGCACUCAAGCAUCACCUUCCACAAGACCAACAAUGUCCGAGGUGGUUCUCUUACUCAAGAGUAAGAACUUAUUGAUGGAGAAUAUGAUGAGACCUACUAUGCCUGUCUUUGUUCAUUCUAGUAAUGUUAGGUCUCAACAUGACACAUCUACUUCAACUGCUUCAUCAUCUGUCUCUGCAUCCAAAGCUACAGUUUCCACUUCAGUACUAUCUGCUCGCUGAAUAAGUGAAUAUGUGUAUGUGUUAAAAGAAGAAAAAGAUUAGGCUUUUUAAUUUCUUUCUUUAGUGUUCUUAAGAUUGUACAUUAAAAUAUUAAAUAAUAAAUACUGAUA